GAAUCUUCCUAAUUUUCUUUAAUUGCCUUUCGCCCUUCUCUAAUUUCUUUACGAAUUUUGUCGCUUUUCCAUUCCCUACUCGAGCGUACUCUACUUUACUGUCCACUGAUGCCAAUAUCGCAGCUCCGCUCCUAGCCGCAAAGUGACGUAUGUACGUAAUUGAACUACUUGAGUACAUACCCCGCGUUUUUGGCUCCGACUAUUUGUGACGGCGCAUUUCACAACCUGCAAGUCCUUCUCUUGAACUCCUCAAUUGAACGCCAUAGUGCCGGUUCACCACUAUACUUUACCGUUGGCCCUUCUGUGCGCACAAGUAAGGUUAAGGCGCAACGCCAGGGAGUCCAAGUCAGAGUCAGGAGUUCGUGGAAAAACAAGUCAUGUCGCUCUUACAGAGAGUUACUUCCUUUGAAUCACUUGCACCGGAACGCUUCUCGCCUGAGAGGACCACUUCACCAACUGGAUCGAGGGAUAGGAGAUUGAGCUUCAAUCCGAUUUCUGGAUUUCAGCCGGCUGCCGAGAAUGAAAGUGCCAUUGGUGCUUUUGAAGUGUCAAAGUCUAGAAGAAUAUGUUAGUAUUUUUUCCGAGCUUCUCCGGAAGUAUACGAGUAGCCGGUUCGACAACUCGCUGACCGACUUUUCCUACAGUGCAAGUUAUCACAGCCGUAGUUUACUGUCUUUUUGCUGCGGGAAUUGUCUUUGGGUAUGCAGCAAUUAAACCGGUGCUCAUUCGCGAACAUGUUUAUCGAGAUCUCUGCACAGAAGAAGAAUUGGACAAGGGAGUGCGGACGUGUUACGAUCAGGAAAUACAUCUUAAUUUGAUGUUCACGGUUGCUGCUGUGGGGACAAAUGUGGCUGCCCUACCAGUUGGAGCUAUUCUGGAUACUCUUGGGCCUCGAGUCUGUGGCAUUAUUGGAAGUUUUCUGCUGUCUAUUGGAGCUCUGCUAUUUGCGUUCGCAUGGGAAUUGCCAUUUGAUGGCUUUAUACCUGGCUAUUUGUUCCUUGCUCUUGGGGGACCGUUCGUUUUCAUCUCGUCUUUCCAGCUUUCGAAUACCUUUCCGAAACAUUCAGGUCUGAUAUUGGCUCUUUUGACGGGUGCUUUUGAUUCAUCUAGUGCGGUAUUUCUUGUAUACCGCAUGAUUUAUCAAUGGACCGAGGAAACUUUUACGCCAAAGCGAUUCUUUCUGAUCUACCUCAUCGUACCCGCCCUCAUUCUUGUUGUCCAAGCUUUUUAUAUGCCAAAGUCUUCUUACAAGACAGUAGGUGAGCUGGUCAAACAGGUAGAAGACGUCAAUACCAACGGCUACGACGACCAAUUGGACGAACACACAGCACUACUCCGUGAAGAAAACCGCGGAAACCGCCAUUCAGUUGUCUCUGAAAUCACAGAUCUAUUGGGAUCCAAAACCGGUGGAAAACACCUUAAACAAGAAGAGCGAAAAAACGCCAUCUCCGGAGUCUGGGGAGCUCUCCAUGGAAAGACAGUAACACAACAAAUUCUCUCUCCGUGGUUCAUCCUCGUCGCUCUCUUCACCGUCAUCCAAAUGACACGGAUAAACUUCUUUGUCGCUACCAUCCGUCCACAAUACGAGUACCUGCUCUCCUCGUACGAGAAAGCCGUGGAGAUCAACACUUUCUUCGACGUCGCCCUUCCUCUGGGAGGAAUCCUCUCUAUCCCUUUCAUCGGAAUGAUUCUCGAUAACACAAGCACCCUCUUCGUCCUCUCCGCGCUCGUAACAAUCGCCACUACAACCGGGGUCCUCGGCUGUCUCCCCUACGAAUGGGCCGCCUACUCAAACAUCUGUCUCUUCGUCCUCUACCGACCCUUCUACUACACCGCCGUAUCAGAUUACUCGGCGAAAGUCUUUGGAUUCCGCACUUUCGGGACGGUAUACGGACUGAUCAUCUGUCUUGCUGGACUCUUGAAUUUCAGUCAAAGUGGACUUGAUGCGUUACUUCAUAAAGUUUCUGGAGGCAAUCCGGUGCCGGUGAACGUUGGGUUGUUGAGUAGUGCUUUUGUGGUGGGUGUUGGGCUUUGUGGGUUUGUGGGGUGGAAGAGUUAUGCGAUGAGGAGGGAGGGGUUAGAGAGGGAGGCUGAGGGGGCCAGGGAGGUCGCUAUGCCUGGAGCGGAGAACUUGGGGAGGUUGUGA